AUGAAGUUUGCCGCCUCCAUCAUCGCCCUCGCCGCCGUUGCGGUCGCCAACAUGGCCGAUAUGCAACAGCCGCCCCAGUGCGCCAUGACUUGCUUCAUGGACAACAUGAGCAGCUCCAGCUGCAGCAACAACAUGGACUACAAGUGUCUCUGCAGCGACUCAAAGUACAUCUCCAUGAUGGAGUCUUGCGUGCAGAACGCGUGCAGCCGCGACGAGGCUGACACGACCAAGAACUGGGCUCGCGACAUGUGCAAGGAGUACGGUGUCGACAUCAAUAUGAAUAUGCACAUGAAGAACAUGAAGAAUAUGAAGAGUAUGAGAAACAUGAACAACAACCAGGACAUGAAGAACAUGAAGGACAUGAAGAACACGGAGAAUAUGGAGAAUAUGAAGGACAUGAACAUGUAA